AGGUCUCUGGACACCACCCUCCACAUCCUGGAGGACUACUGCCAGAUAGAACGCGCCCCGAAAACCAUACUCAACAACAUGGAAAGCCCAUACAACGCGUUUGUGCUGGGGCUGUCUCCCCAUUCUGACUUUAACAAAUUCAAGUGGUGCCUGAAGGGCACAGAGAUCCCCGACCGUUAUGAUAUAUGCUACAUGCCGGACAACGCACGGUACAUGGGUAUCCGCACCACGCGCGACCAUAUCACGUUCGUGGAUUACAGCGCGAAGUUCGACAAGUCCCGAGGGCGAGCCUCUUCAGCCUCGUCCGGCGUAUCGGGUACUCCUCCGGGGGCGCGGCGGGGCGUCGAUCUGCCGAGCCCGGAACUGCUGCGAAUGCACUGCGCGAUUGCGCAUGUACUGCAUCUCAGCGGCGCAGCGCAGCUAUUUCGAGGGCUGUCCGUCUCUACGGAGACAUCGGGAUACAAGACUGGGGCAGCGGCCCACGUGGCGCCGACGGGAGCAGCGUUCAUAGCGCAUAUCGUGGACGAGGAUCCGUACGCGGUGAUGGAGUUGCGAGAGGCACUUGCUGAGACGCUCAGUUGUUCGAGUCCGUAA